CUUAUUUCUUUUACAGAUUGCUACGAGGAUUGUAAUAAUUAUGAUUUAACUACAGAAACUGAAGAAGAUAAUCAGCAAGUUUCAAAAAAGCGCAAGCGUACUGCUUGUAUAACUUUUUUUGAAGGCGAGGAAGAAGUUGAUGUUGGUAUUAAUACAGAAAUAAAACUAUCUACAUUUCCACAGCCAUCUGCUAAAUUAGGCAAAAUGUUACCAUCAAAUAUUUCACUAUAUAAAAAGGUUGUGGAUGUGGUACCACAAGGAUAUAAAAGUGAUCAUGCAACUAAACUAUCACCAAUUCCACAGUCACCUGGUCUUUCAAGCUGUUAUUCUAAGAUACCUUCAUUCAAAUCAAGCAUGGUGACUAUACCAAAAAAAAAUAAAAUGGAUCAAUCAACUAACCAAUCAGCACUUUCUCCUUUUCUGUUACCCCGAAAAUUUGAUUCUAAAAUAUUAAUAUUCAGACAGAGAGCUGCCACAUCAAAAGACAAUGUAAUAGAUCGAUCAAUGAAACUAUCAGCAUUAAAUAGAAAGUUUCAAGCAAACAUGAUACUGAGUGAGCCAACUGCUCCUCAAGAAAAUGAAAUCGAUAAUGGGAAGUUUCAGAGAAAAGUUCUUUAUCAGUUAUCAAAUAUGGCUAACGAAAUUAAAGAUUUACUAAUAGCAGUGGAAAUGAUGGCCGUACCAAGUUUAGAGACUGUUGCUGAGGUCCAUCUAGAAAUUAUAGCUGGAGCUAUUGGGACCUUGAAUGGAUACAGAAAAUUAGAGGAGCAAUGUGGAGUUCUUGCUAAUCGAACAAUUUUACCUUCGCCUUCUUUUGUAGCCUUCGCCUUCUUUCACGAAUCGGAGGGUCAUCCAUUAAAGAUACUUCUAAGAAUCUAUUGAAAAGACUUUUUACAAAUUUUGUUAUGUCUCAUUUGAGUAUGGAUGGUAAAGGUUCUCUUAAAAAGCUUCCGUUUAGAGACUCUGCUGUGUCAACUUGUUGUUGAGUAUGUAUUGAAACGAUAUUCUACGUCUUCUUUGUCCGAAAUACAUUCGUGCAUUGGUUCUCAUUUUAGAAUGGCUUCGUUUCGUUUAGGUGGCACUGGGAAAUGUGGCCCAUUUUUCCAAUUCUCAAGAUGGAGAGGCUGGCUUGAACGAUUCAAGCAAAGACGAUGCUUAUUGUCAUGGAAGCGAUCAUGAUAAUGAUAAAUACGAUAAUUCAUAUUAUAAUAAUUAAAAUUAGUGUAAAUAUGUUUAAGACUUGCAUGUAUGAAAAAAAAUAUCUGU